AUGCUAUCAGCAGAAACAAGAACAAUUGUUAAAGCCACUGUUCCAGUGUUAGAACAAUAUGGUACUACAAUUACUAAGACAUUCUACAACAAUAUGUUGUCAGAGCACAAAGAAUUAUUAAAUAUUUUCAACAAAAUUAACCAGAAGAAAGGUGCUCAACCAACCGCUUUAGCUACUACCGUUAUUGCUGCAGCUAAAAAUAUUGAUGAUUUAUCAGUUUUAAUUGCACAUGUUAACCAAAUUGGCCACAAGCACCGUGCUUUACAAAUUAAACCGGAACAUUAUCCAAUCGUCGGUCAUCAUUUAUUAGGAGCUAUCAAAGAAGUGUUGGGUGAUGCCGCUACGCCAGAAAUUUUGCAAGCUUGGGCCGAAGCAUACGAAGAAAUUGCUAAUGUUUUCAUCACAGUUGAGAAAAAGAUGUAUGAUGAAGCUGCUUGGGAUGGUUGGAAACCAUUUACCGUUGUCAAGAAGGAAAAAGUGGCUAGCGAUAUUUAUGAGUUUACAGUGAAGCCAGAAGCUGAUUCUGGCAUCGAUUUAAAACAGUUGCCAAUUACCGCCGGUCAAUACAUCACUGUUAACACACACCCAACCAGGGAAAACAAUCAAUAUGAUGCCCUACGUCAUUACUCUUUAUGUUCAGUUUCCACCAAUGAUGGUAUUAGGUUUGCCGUCAAACUAGAAAGCAGCGAAAAUAAUCCUAUGGGUUUAGUCUCUGAAUUCUUACAUAAAGAUGUCAAUGUCGGUGAUAAACUAAAAUUAAGUGCACCUGCAGGUGACUUUGCUUUAAAUGAAAAAUUAAUCGAACAAAAUGAAAUUCCAAUAGUUUUAUUGGCUUCCGGUGUUGGUGUUACUCCCUUACUUGCCAUGCUAGAAACACAGGUCCAGAGAAACCCUAACAGACCUAUUUACUGGAUCCAAGCUUCUCAUGAUGUAUCAACUCAAGCCUUUGUACCUCAAGUUGAUGAAUUACUAGGCAAAUGUCCAAGCGUUACAAAGCACAUUGUACAUAGUAAAGUUAAUGGGCGUAUUGACGACAAUUUCCUAAAGGCUAAUAUUCCUAAUCAUGCUGAUGUUUAUAUUUGCGGUUCUUUAGAGUUCAUGCAAGCAAUGAUUGAUCACUUGAAGGUAUUAGAACAUAAAGCUGACAUGAUCCAUUAUGAACCAUUCGGACCAAAGAUGGCCACUCUCAGAUAG